AUGGUCAUGGCAAGUGACGCUGCUGAGCAUGUCACAACGCCUUCCACCAUUGCCGUCAACAAUGAUAAUGCUCAUAAUUUCCCCUCUGAGAUCAACCUCUUGACCCUCAACUGCUGGGGUCUUCGCUACAUAUCGUCCCAGCGAAUUGCAAGACUUGACGAGAUAGGCCACAGAAUUGCACACGCUGUCCCUACACCGCAUAUCGUCUCCCUGCAGGAAUGUUUUACACAGGAGGAUUACCAAGCCAUUCGGCAUCACACUCGCCAGAUUCUCCCCUAUGGAAAGUUCUACCACAGCGGUGCUUUUGGUGGCGGUCUGGCCAUCUUGAGUCACUGGCCGAUCGAGGAGAGUACCAUGUUCAAGUAUCCCCUCAAUGGACGACCAACUGCAUUUUGGAGGGGAGACUGGUAUGUCGGCAAGGGUGUUGCUUGCGCCAAAAUUCGCUUUGGGCCAAGGAGAAAGGACAUAAUCGAGGUCUUCAACACACAUACUCAUUCCCCAUACGAGCCUGAGCCUGUGAGUACAUACGAUUGUCAUCGAGUUGCGCAGUCAUGGGAGAUUUCAAAGCUUCUGCGCGGCGCUGCUGAACGCGGACAUCUCGUUAUCGGAAUGGGUGAUUUCAACAUGUUACCCUUGUCCAUAUUUCACCGGGUAAUCACAACACAUGCGCCUGUUCAUGACGUCUGGCGCAAAUUACACCCUGACAGCGCUCUUGGUCCUGCCUACCACCCAUCUGAAAAGGAUCGUCAUCGGCCAUUACCGACAGCCGCCUUCAAUCUCCUCGAGAAUGGCGCAACCAGCAACUCCGUCUAUAAUACAUGGCGCUGGAACAAAAACCAGCAGAAUCGGCUCAAGGGAGGCGAACUUUGCGAGGUCCCCCCUGAUACGAUUGAUCCUCAAGGCCAGCGACUCGACUACAUCUUUGCCUCGACAGGUGUCGACCCUGAUGCUCCUGCUGCCGCUCCUGGUUGGAUCGUCAAGUCGGCUCAUGUUUCAAUGACUGAGCGGCACCCUGAUCUCCUUUGUUCCCUCUCCGACCACUUUGCUGUUCAAGCCACGCUCGUCCGGCAUACCCCUUCUCCAUUGCCUUUCAGAGCUGAUCCCCGCUCCGAAACGCCAUCUGCUGCUCUGCAGACUGGCGCAUACUUGGCCUCCAGUAGCCCGGCUAGCAGCAUUCAUUCAGGCGACGCAGCGCAGACUGCGGAUCCCGAUACCCAACUCAGGCGAGGUCGCUUCUCUAAUCACGAUUCAUUUCAGGCGUCCACUUACGAUGAAAUUCUGGGAAUGAUACAAAAAUACCAUGCUCGCGAGAUUCGCCAGCGCUACUGGCGAGGCAUGCACUUCUUCGGCGCAUUGCUUGUCUGGCUAGCAUGUCUUGUGGCUGUCUGGUUUACUCCUGGAAACUACGUUGCAUUUGUCCUUAUGCUGGUCAGUAGUCUUUGCUUGGUCGCUGGAGUUAUCGAUGGUCUGCUCUCGCUACUCUUCUUCUCUUGGGAGAUCAGGGCCCUCAAGGAAUUUGAGUGGGAGAUUCGCAAUGCGAAAGCUGUUGCGUCUGGUGACCCAGCUGCUUUAACGGAGUCCGGUUCGUACUGCAAUACCAACAAAAGGUCCAAAUCACAAUAA